AUGCCGCUUCCGCACACGACGCUGCUCCCCAGGGCCCCACCGGCGGCAGUUAGGACAGCCCCCAGUGCUUGGGCACUAGACAGGGCGCAAAUUAGCAGUGGCAGUCAGCGGGUAGAUGCGGCUUCGGCAGUGCCCGCGCCGGUCUCUGACGCGUCGGGUGGCGAGGGCGAUGACGCUGCUGGCAGCCACUUGCGGGAGCCUUGGCCGCACGAACAGCCGCCGCGCAAGCCACAGGCGCGACUGUACCAGCCGCGGAGCGACACCUCAGAGCGCCACCCGCGGCGGCAGGCGCCCCGGAGCCAGGAGAGCCCCGCAGCCCGCGCGGUGCGCGCCGCCACGUCGUGGCGGCACUUGCUGCCGCCGGCGUCUGACCUGCGCGCCAUGUCUGACCCUGGGCUCCUCAGCUUCACACUGCUGCGUGCAUUGCGCCUCGGCCCGGGGCGCGGCGCGGGGCGCGGGGACAUCGAGCAGCACGGCGCAUUCGUGGCGCACCUGCUAGAACUCUGCGCCAGGGUGAUGCGCAAGGCGGCGCGGCGCAGCGGGGUGGCGUCGUCGGCGACGCCCUCAGAGGCGGCGACCACACAGGUGCCACCGGCUGGCGGAGGGCAGCUCAUCUCUGGCAGACACAGUAACCCUGACAGCAGCGACGUUUGGGGCGACGGUAGCAGCAGCAGUGGUGGCAGCGACGGCGGCAGCAGCAGCAUCAACGGGGACAGCAGCGUCGGCGGCAGUGCCCAUGGUGACGACAGUAGCAGCGCUAGUGGCGGUGGUAGCAGUGGUGACACGGACAGCAUUGAUGUGCGCAGCGUCGGCGUGAAUGUGGCGCCUGCUGCCAGGUCGUCCGCGGGCUUCGCGCCCUACCAGGUGUCAGGGAUGAUGUGGCAGCUGUCGCGCUCAGGAGUGGCGCCGGGGCGGCGAUUUGAGCGGGAGCUUUGGGCCAGCACGGCGGCGCAGCUGGCGGCGGGGGUGUGGGGUGCGCAGGACCUCUCCAAGCUUGCGUUUGCCCUUGCCCGACUGAGGGCGGGUGCGACGGCGCCCUACUCGUGGCGGCGGCUGUUCCUGGAUGCCUGGGCUGUGGCUGGGCGCGGCGCGGACCCGCAGCAGGCAUCAGGAUUCCUCUGGGGCGUCUCGGAGCUCGGGUGGCGCGUGGCGCCAGGCUGGCUGGCCCAGGCGCGCGGCGCGGCGACGGCGGUGCUGCCCAGCUGCGGCGCGCGGGACACCGCGUGGCUGCUGGCUGGGCUGGCGGCGCUGGGCGAGCGGGUGGCGGUGGGCAGUGGAGAUGCUGAGCAGGAAGCACAGGAUGGGCGGGGCGGCGAAAGUGCAGGCGUUGGCGGCGAGAGUGCAGGCAUCAUCGGCGGCGAGGGCGGUGCAGGGCACAUGGAAUGGCCUAUCGACCGCCAGCACAGCAACUCCCGGGCACAGCCUCUGGCAUUGCCUCUGUCUAAGCAGCAGCAGCAGCAGCAGCAGCAGCAGCAGCAGCAGCAGCAGCCGCAGCAGCCGCAGCAGCAUCAGCAACAUUCCCUGCCACCACUCUUUGGCAUCCAGGCGACACGGCCAGAUUGUUCUCUGCCGCUUGCAGUCAACUCAGCGCUGCUGCGGACGCUGCCGGCGAUGGACCCGCAGCAGCUCGCGCUCACAGCCGGCGCCCUGGCGCGCAUGCAGGGGCUUGCCAACAGCAUCGGCGGUAUCGGCGGGGAUCACUCUGAGGUGGUGCGCAUGCUGCUGGAUCAUGCCGGCGAGCAGAUGGGCUCCUUCAGCUUUGGUCAGCUGUCAGACCUGCUCUGGGCUGUGGCCCGGCUGCACGCAGCCACGCAGCGGCGGCAGCAGCUGCUGCCACCAGACGGCUGGGCUGACGCGGCUGUCAACCAGCUUCAGGCGCAGCUGCCCACGUGCCGUGCCGGGGAGAUGGCCACGGCGCUGUGGGCGAUUGGAACGCUGGGAUGGAAGGGCCAGCGGGCGCAAGUGGCUGCGCGGCUGCUGUGGCGGAGCGAGCGGCUGCUGGACGAGAUGGGCCCGGGCGACCUCGCCAAAACGGCCAUGGGCCUGGCGCGCCUUGGCAUGCGGCCGCCGCAAGUGUGGCUGUUCCACUUCCUGCGCGCCACGGAGGGCAAGCUGGCGGAGGGGAGCCCCCAGGCACUGAGCAACACGGCCUGGGCACUCGCGUCGCUGGGGGCACGGCCCUCAGAGCGGUGGCUAGACGGCCUCUGCGCAGCGGUGACGCAGCCGGCGACACUGAAGCGGUUCAGCGCCAAGGAGAUGGGGUUGCUGCUGUUUGCCUUGGGCAAGUGGCGCCACGUGCCGCGCGACGCUGCGCAGUGGCGCACUUUGCAGGCGCGUCUGCGGGCGGUACUGCGUGGCGCGGGCGGCCGCACGCUCGCACUGGUCGCGCCCGCGCUUGGGCGGCUUCAGCGGCGGCGGGCGCCGGGCGGCGGCGGCAGUGCGGGAGUAGACAGAGAUGACGGCGGCGUGGGCGUGAGCAGCUGGGCCAGCAAGCCUGGCUCUGGCCGAGGCAGUGGCGCCGUGGUCGUGGAGCCGGGCACGGCGUACGUACUCAUGCUGCGCGCUGGAUCGCUUGCUGCCCUGCAGCCGCGCGGCGUGCAGAAUGGUGCAGGGCCGCCGCUGCCGCGGUGUGCGGGCUUUGAGGCGGCAGACCUGGCCGAGGUGGGCAAGGGGCUGGCACUGCUGGCGGUGGAGCCGAACGCGCAGUGGCUCAGCACCUGGCGCGGCGCCGUCGAGCGGGCAGACGCGGCACUGGAUGUGCGGGGCCGGGGGACGCUCGCCUGGGCGACCGCGGUGCUGGAGGGGCGUGCAAGCGUGGAGGGCUGCGUGACGGGUUACGACUUCAAGAAGCAUGCUGAACGCUCAGCCUGGUGGAUCAUUGUCUCGGGCCGCGGCGAUCGCGACGGCGCACCUGUCGAGACCGCUGCUGUUGAGACUGUGCCUGAGAAGCCCGAUCACCAGGAGGCUGGCAGCAACGGCAACGGCGCCACAGCUCAGGCGGCAGCAGUGGAGGCCACCCCAGCCACAGAGGCCGGCAAGAAGGACGACAAGCAGGCAUGGGACCCGGCGGCUUGGCGCAUGGACCCCGCAGCACUAGCGCCCCUGGAGUUCAAGCCCCUGGACGGCGGCGAGCUCAUGUGGUCGCGGUUCAAGCUGGCGUUUGCGCUGCCGUGGCGGCGCUUCAAGAAGGGCUCUGUGCUGGCCUUCAAGGUUGGGUGGGCCAAGCUGCAGGAGAUCCGGCGCUACGUGGAGCUAUUCAGGUGA